AUGCGUACCCGCGAGACCGAAACUGACCGCAGUCUCGACACACCUAGCACCUCUUGCACACCCACCAUGCCUAGCUCAACUCACUCCUCGCCGCCCAGCGCGUCUACUAUCAGCAGCUCCACCACUAUCACCAACUCCAAAACCGACACUGGCACCGCCGACUUUUCCUGCCCACGAUGUCCCCGUGCAUUCACCUCACGCAUCGGUCUGGUCGGUCACUUAGGAAUCCAUCGCACAGAGACUGACGAACCAGUGCAUGGAGCACCAACGUACACUCACGGCAUUCGCCUAACUGUCCUCACCGCACCCGAGCGUUCGCCCAACCCAUGGGCUUAUAAGGCCACAUGCGCAUUCAUGAAAACUUUCGGCAGACAACUGCCGACUAAACCACACCACCACAUCUACCCCACCAACAUCACUCAACACCAUCACCCACCAUAA